AUGGAACACCGUUCAAUAAUUUUACAAUCAAUCCAAAAAAUCAUUGACAAAAUAAUUGAAAACCCUGAAGCUGCAAAUGAUCAUCCAAAGGGUUAUGGUAUUCCUUCACUAUUUGAACAGUUAUGGGCUUUUGUGGCUUCUUCAUCAGGAAUCACUUCUUCUAAUGCAAUUAAAAAGUUGGUCGCUCUUGUAAAGUUAAAUGUCAUACCUUGGUCUCAGGCUCUUAAUGGUUUGAUAGAUGCUCUUCCUACAGUAUCAGGAAUUACUCUUGAUAAUGUUAUAAUUGGAAUAACAGAUAUUUUAAUAUAUCAAGUAGAAAGCGAAAUUGAUUCUUUAGAUUAUAAAUGUCCCUUUAAUGUUAAAGCUUUUCAUGAUGAAAAGAUCCAUCCAUUAAUAUCUGCAGUUACAAUGAGACCCAAGGAAUCAUUUCCUAUCUUACUUUUACAACUUGAAAGGAUUUUUGAUAUUUCCAGGAUUAAAUUUAUUACUGGUUUAGAUUCCACUCAAAAAAUAUCAAAGUAUAUGCAAAACUUAUUGGAAAUGAUGAAAUCUUUUUUCAACUUUGUUCUUCUUGAUUGUUCUCAAGAAUUAAAAGAAAAUCAAAGGUUUUGGUCAUCUUCAGUGAUAAAUUUUAUUUUAAAUCUUGCAUAUCAUAAUAUUGGUGAUGAGUUUUAUUCGAAAUUCAGAGAAGAUAUGUUAUAUUAUUUGAUUUCAGUUGCACAAAGAAUUUCAUUGGAAACUAUGUUCAAUACUAUUACUUCACAACAUUCACAAUAUACCCAGUACACACAUUACCCAAAAUACAAUGCAAUUUCAAUUGAGAUUUAUCUUUUAAUGCAGUCACUUGUUCAUGCUCUUGAAUUAUCUUUCAUUCGAGAAAAUUUAAGUUCAACAUUUUUAAAAGAUUUCAGUGUCAUACUUGGGAUUCAUAUCCUUUCUCUUGCUUGUGAUGCUCAUCAUUCAAAUUUAUCUUCAAUUCAAUAUGUAUCAAUGUUUUAUCAUUUAUUUAAGCUUCACCAAAAUUAUUCAGAAAUUAUAUCAAAACCAAAUUACUUAUUAUUGUGGCCUUCUUUAUCUUUUUUACUUUUGGAUUGCCAAUCAUGCGAAAUUCAAAUAAUGAUACUUGAAAUUAUGCAAAAAUUAAUUGAAGAUAUAAGUAAAGAAAGUAAAGAAGAUGUUUCUUCAACAUUAAUUAAUAUGGCUAUUUUACCAAUAUUUCAAGUGAUUUCGGAAUCAUCUCAAGGAAUUUCAAGGAUUAAUGCGAUGGAAAUUCUUCUGAUGAUUCAAAAAAUAAAUACAAUUCAAAGAGUUACCAAUAAAAAUAAUGAAAAUGAUUUCGAACAGAUCGAUGUACUGCUUAAAUCACCAAGCAUUAAUGGUUCAAUUUCAGAAAUAUUAUCCGAGACAUUUUUUCUAUUGAAAAAUUUUUCAAAAGAUUUUAAAUCAGAAAAUAUAUCCAUGAAAAUGAAUCUAACGCUUUUUAAUGUACCAUAUUUAUUUCAUCAUGAAAUUAAAAUGAAAAUUUAUGCAUUAGAUCAUUUGAAUUCAAUCUAUGAAAAUAAUAUUUCUUUGUCACAAUCACAAAAAUUUCCCAUAUUUUUAUUAUUCCUUUACAUUUUGAGAAAUGAUAAUUCUUCCUUAAUUCAUCUUCAUAUUUUGUAUCAUUCCUUACCUUUAAUUUCUACCAAUGAUCCUGUUAUCUCAGCGAAAAUCAUAAAAAUAACAAAGAGUCUUAUUCGUGAGGAAGGCGAUGACGAAAAAACAAAAUUACAUGAUGUUGGAAUAAGAAUGUUACAUAAACUCUGGAUUAAGCAGAAAAGAUUUUGGAAAUCUUUAAGAUUUAUCUUGAUAGAAUGGAUUAAAAAACGUAAACUCAUAGUUCAUGAAGCUUAUGCAUCGAAUGAAAAAUUUAAAUUAGAAAUAGCUGAAUUACUUCCUUUCAUUUCAACUUUAUUACAAUCUGUUGUGCUACAUCCAAAGACUUUAUGUUUAAUAAUAGAAUCAUUGAAUUCAUGUGUCGAAGCUAAUGUCAUUGAUAUUAGAGCAGUUUGGAAUAUUUUAUUGGUACAUGUUACUGAAGCGAUAAUGAAAUCUAAAAAAUUUCACUUUGAUAUAAUAUCGAGAUUAUGUGAAUUUUAUAAAUUGGUGGCUAAGAAUAGUGAAGGUCUUCUUACGUUAUCUCAUUUCUUCGUACCUGACAUUUUGUCAAAGGUAUUUCCUGAAUCACCAAAAAUAUUAUCCUCAAUUCUUUUUUGUGAUAGUGAUGAAGGAAUUAAUCUUUGUCAAAUGGAAGAAUGGCAAUUUGUAUUAAGUAAAAUCAUUUCACAUGAAAUUGAAAAUUUGAGGCGAGGAUUAUUCAAAGGUGUCAAAGUUGGUGAUGUUAAAGGUGAUGGAAAGUUAAUAUCUGAUAAUCUUAAUGUCAGUGAAUUUAAAAAAAAUAAUAAACAAAUAAUAACAUCAAUUGGAGAUAAAAUUGUUAAUGAUUGGGAAAGUGGAUUAGUUAAUCCUGGUUUAAGAGUAGGAUACGCUUUAGCAUCUUUGAUCUGUUAUCAACCUUCAAUAAAUAAAAAACAAGAACUUAUUUCAUCAUCACAAGAUCAACAAAUUGAUUUGAAAUCUACAAGAUUUUAUAAAUUAAUGGUGAAUGCAAUUCAGGACAUUACUUUAACUGAUCAUUGGUUAAUUAGAUUAAGUAUUGUUUUAGAAUGGUGGAAUUUUUUCGAAAUGGGUUUACAAGAAUUAUUGUCUAUUCAUACAAGUAUUAAUAGAUAUUAUGGUAAUAAAGAUGAAGUAAUCAUAAAAAAAUUAUGGGAAGACUUGAUGAAACGUUUAGAUGAUGUGAAAUUUCCCAUAACAUGUCAAAAUAUCAUUUUGGCACUUUCGGGAUAUUGUCUUGCAUUAAAGUCUUUAAAUAUUGUAUCUGCACAAGAACAUGCGAUAAAUACAUUGAAUCGGAUUCUUGAACUUCUUAAACAAUAUGAUGAUGAUAAAAAUUUGCAUCAAAAUCAAAUUUCCACCCUCUUUGUUAAUGAAGAAGUUCAAUUUGCUAUUAUAAUGGCUUUGGGAUAUUUAUCAUCAUUAAUUAUACUUGACGAAAAAUUGAUUCGAGAAGUUAUUGAUUUGUUAAUUUCAAAGUUAAACGAAAGUCCCAGUGAAACAUCAAGAUGGACAUUUUUGGGAGCGGGAUAUGCUCUUGGAACUCUUUUAUCUCAUAUUUCUUCUUCUAACGAAAUGAAAAAAAUGAGUUCGGAGAUUGUAUCUUUCCUUGGUGAAUUACUUACUAAUAAUACUUUAAAUGAUGAUCAAGAAUUAACCGAAUCUACUGUGUCAAUUGAUUAUAGUUUAGGUAUCAUGAUUGGGUUAUCAAAAAUUAAUUACAAUGAUGAAGAAGAAUUAGAACCUAUAUAUCAAAAGGCUUUAUUUAAUCUGAAAGAAUUUGUUGAGAAAAAUGGUAAAAUUAAUAAAGAUGUCAAAAAAAAUAUUGCAGGUGCAGCUUGGUUAGUCGGAUUUUCAGAAGGUAAAGAAGUGACUGAGGAGAUUGUUGAACUUUUAGGAAAAGUCGUAAAGAUUUCAAGUAAAGAGCGAGAAUGGUCUGGAUAUACAUUUCAUUUCACCCAAGCUUAUUCUCAUGUUUUACAUGCUAUUCUCACGGUGAAACAAUCAUCUCAAUACUUAUCAUCUUAUAACUCUCAAGUAAACGCGCAAGUUCAUAUGAUCACUUCAUUAGAAACAAAUAUCAAUAAACGACACGCUGCAAUAUUGACUUUAGGAUCUCUAGCUGGUGUAAAAUAUUUUUUUCAUUUACAUUUAGCACAUAAUAAAAAUUUUUAUUUUUAUUCUUUGGCACCAUCUUCCAUAAUUAAAUCGGUAUUAGAUUCUUUACAAAACAUUUCUGGAAUUAAUACUCAAGGAGGAAGAUUGGCAAUGAUUGUUUUUGGAAGAAUAACCCAAUAUGCAUUAAGGCUUUCAGAAGAUGAUGAAUUUUUGGAUAUUGAAUCGGAGAAGUUGUUUACUAGUAGUACAGAGCAAAAAAAUUAUUCAAAUCUUCCCCCUACAAGUUAUUUAAGAGUUUUAUUUGAUAGUCUUAUGGUGUCAUCAUUAAAAGCAAAAACAUCAAGUUCACAAAUAUUUUUGGAAUCCUCAAGUUUGAUUAUUUCAACUUUUUCAAAAGUAAAUCAUACCAUUCCACCAGUUAACUGGUUCUCGCUUCUCUCAAGACUCAGCAAUCGGAGAUAUGAUCUUCGUUAUAAAAGCGUUAUUUUGGCUAUACGACAUUGGGAUGCACUUGGAAAAAUUCUUGAAAUGUGUGGUUUUGAGAAAACAUCUCUUGAAGAUGGAAUUUUAAAAUCAAAUAUCGAGCUACAUCAAAAAAGUGGAAUGGAAAAUAUAAUUAAUAAAGUUGUUGUACCUAAUUCAAAAGUUAUAGAAAUUAUUGAAGGAAUUUUAUUAAGCUUAUUUAAUAAAAAUGAAUUGCAAAUUAUUUUCCUUUCCACAAUGGCUAAAUAUACUUUAACUGGUGCGAACGAGGCCAAAGAUUCACGAUCAAUCAGUUCCCUUCGACAAGAAAUUAAAGGGUUAUUAAAGAAAGUUUAUUUAAAUUUUCAUCCUCCAUCAAACGAAAAACAAGCUCAAAUUAUUCGAUUAACGAUUUAUUCUUGCAUUUUCGAUGUUGAAGAUAUAAACUACGAAGAUAAUUUAUUAACAAGAAAUGGUGUUAAUAAAUUAGAAUAUGGUGUUAAAAUAGUAUUAAGUGGUUUAGUAAAUUUAAGUUGGAAAGAAAGCUUAACAGAAUUAUUCAAGAUUGAAAAUUUCUCUAAAUUUUAUGAAACAUGGGAAGAAGAAUUUAUAAGAUUUAUGCAAGAUAAAACUAGUACACGAAAAUUAUCAACUAAGACAAAAAAGACUUCAAAAGAUCAUCAACAUUACGAACAUCGAUUCAUUUUGUAUUCUAUCUUGACAAGACUUAAAUCAUUUAUUCCUAAUGAAGAGUAUUUUUUAUUCUUAGAUGAUGAUGAUAUGACCUUUUAA